AUGGCUCCAGAUUCUUUCCAAUCAAACUCAUUGUUCAGUUUUGUAGUAAGCGAUGACGUUGCCGGAGGAUCCUCCGGCAGCUCUUGGCCUGAGAUGCUGUUGCUCCUCUGGCCAGGAGCAUCUGCUCCUCAACGAGGAGUUGCUGCUCCUCAACGGAGGAGCAGAUCUAGAAGAUGGUUUUUUUGGCCUCAUUAUCAAUUCCCCAUCAGAGACUUAUUACCAUAUAAUCAAUGGCUCCAAGUUCCUUACAAUCAAACUCACUCUUCAAAAAGUUCCUUACAAUCAAACUCACUCUUCAAUUUUGUAGUGAGAGAUGGCAAUGGUGUGAAAGGAAUAGUAGACUCGGGCAUAUCGGAGGUACCACAACAAUACAUUCAACCUCCACAAGAAAGAAUAGACAAGCUUAUAUCCACCUUAGAUCAUAGCCCACCGAUAGAUUUAUCGAAACUAGAUGGUCCGGACCAUGAUCAAGUAGCGGAGGAACUGGCUAGAGCCGCCGAGACUCUAGGGUUCUUCCAAGUUGUGAACCAUGGUGUUCCAGCUGAGUUACUCGAGUCGUUGAAGGUUGCGGCUCAUAGUUUCUUUAACCUACCACCUGAGAAAAAGGCUAUGUAUUGUAAGGGGGCGAGCCCAAGUCCGCUGGUGAAGUACAGCACCAGUUUCGUGCCGGAGAAGGAGAAGGCGUUGGAAUGGAAAGAUUAUAUUAGUAUGAUCUAUGCUACUGAUGCAGAAGCACAUAGAUAUUGGCCAAAGGAAUGCAAGGAUGUGGCCUUAGAAUACUUACAAACAUCAAUGCAGAUGGUGAAGAAAAUAUUGUAUGUUCUAAUGGAAAAGCUUGGAGUAGAAGUAGAUGAUGAAAAAAUAGAGGCACUGGUUGGGUUGAAGAUGGUGAACAUGAACUUCUACCCAAAAUGCCCAAAUCCUGAGCUUACAGUUGGGGUGGGACGACACUCUGACAUGGGUACCCUUACUGUACUGUUGCAAGAUGAGAUUGGAGGUUUAUAUGUCAAAGCGGAAGACACCAUUAAUGGCAUGAAGAAAGGGGAAUGGAUAGAGAUCCCGCCAUUUCCCGGUGCUUUAGUCAUUAAUAUCGGUGACACGUUACAGAUACUGAGCAAUGGAAAAUAUAAAAGUGCCGAACAUAGAGUGAGGACAACAAGUGCAAAAUCAAGAGUGUCGAUUCCAAUUUUUACAAUUCCAAAAGCAACCGAAAAGAUUGGACCGUUGGCUCAGCUGGUGAAAAAAGAUGGGUUGGCUCUUUAUAAAGAAGUUGUGUUCGGAGAUUACAUGACCAAUUUUUUUAGCAAUGCACACCAAGGAAAGGACAAGUCUCUCCACUUUGCGGGAAUCAAUUAAUUUUCAAUUCUAUGUUCACUUCCUUAAAUAUUGUAUCCCUAUCUUUUACUGCAUUAAAUUUCUGGUUUGAUAAGAAGAACAAAUAAAUGCACUCUACUAUUACUUGUUUAGAGUAGCGAUUUCUGCACUUCCCACAUUAAUAAUUACACUCCACUUUUUGUUUUUUUAAUAUAAAAUGACAAUUAUAA